UAUCAGUCAUAAAGUCAGGACGUAUUCAGUGCUAUAAGAUGAGAUUUUAUUUGCUUUACUGGCUGGGCUUGCUCAGUGUGUCAAGCUUAACCCAUGCUGCCAGCAAUCUGAUCUGCUAUUAUGACUCGGCCUCGUAUUUACGCAAAGGUUACGCCAGAUUGCAACCGAACGACCUGGAAUUGGCCCUGCAAUUCUGCACCCACUUGGUGUACGGAUACGCGGGUCUGAAGGCCCAAACCCAUGAGUUGUUCAGCCUAAAUGUGGACCUGGAUAUGUUCUACUACAAGGACAUCACAGCGCUGCGUCAGAAGUAUCCGCAACUGAAAAUUCUGCUCAGUGUGGGCGGCGAUCGCGAUGUGGACUUGGCUCAUCCCAACAAGUAUAUAGAACUUCUGGAGGCGAAUCGCACGGCCCAGCAGAAUUUCAUAGAUAGCAGCAUGAUCUUGCUGAGGAGAAAUGGUUUCGAUGGCCUCGAUCUGGCUUUUCAGCUGCCCCGCAACAAGCCCAGGAAGGUUCACGGAUCACUUGGAACCUACUGGAAGUCGUUCAAGAAACUGUUCACCGGUGACUUUAUAGUGGAUCCCCAGGCGGAGCAGCACAAGUCACAGUUCACCGAUCUCGUGGGGAAUCUGAAGAAUGCCUUCCGAUCUGCCAGUCUGAUGCUAACUUUGACUGUGCUGCCCAAUGUGAAUUCCACUUGGUACUUUGACAUCCCCAAGCUGCAUCCCCAGUUCGACUACAUCAACCUGGCUGCCUUCGACUUCCUCACGCCCCUGCGAAAUCCCGAGGAGGCCGAUUACACAGCUCCUAUUCACUUCCUGGACGAACAGAACCGCCUGCCACAUUUGAAUGUUGAAUUCCAGGUUAACUACUGGCUGCAGAAUAAUUGUCCCGCCCAGAAGCUAAACUUGGGCAUAGCCAGUUACGGCAGGGCCUGGAAGUUGACCCAAUAUUCUAACCUGAGUGGAGAUCCAGUUGUUCACGAUACAUUUGGAGUGGCUCCAGGAGGCAAGCAAAUCGAGAGUACCGAGGGACUGCUCAGUUGGCCAGAGAUCUGCGGCAAAAUAUCGCAGAAUUCGUCCGCCCCCUAUCGAGGAGUAGAUGCGCCGCUCCGCAAGGUCACAGAUAUCACCCAGAAGUUCGGAAACUACGCCCUGCGUCCGGCGGAUGAGAAUGGAGAGCAUGGUGUGUGGGUAAGCUUCGAUGAUCCGGAUUUUGCUGGAAUAAAGGCGGGAUAUGCCAAGGCCAAGGGACUCGGCGGAGUGGCCCUGUUCGAUUUGAGUUACGAUGACUUCCGGGGACUCUGCACUGGCAUGAAAUUCCCCAUUGUGCGAUCCAUAAAAUACUUCAUGGGAUAGAUUGUUAUUCAUAGUAGCUUACACAUAAAUGUAAGGUUGUUAAAUAAAUUCUACAUUUUUAGACAUCGAAAAUAA